AUGUCUAUGACAUUGGCGACCACAUGGGUGCGUAGAGGCGUCGCCGCGCAAUUCCCGACAAAAUACGAUGUAGACGAGGAAGAACUCGGGCGCAUUUCGAGACUGGCACGGCUACAACUAGAAGAUGCUAAACAGGAUCUCGAGGAGGCGCGACGUCCUUCGGAGGACGGUCACGACGACGACACAGGAAGCGAUGCAGAGGAGACUGGCAAUAAGCAGAGACCAAAUGGCAAUCCAAGCAAUCGUCAAGACGACGACGACGACCUUGCGGAAUACAACCUCGAUGACUACGACAAUGACGAAGAGCCUGUCACAGGCGAAAAAUUCGCAAUGUCUGGCAACGUGAAGUCCCUAGCAUACCAUGCACCCGGAGAAGACGACCCAUAUCUUGUUCUCCCAGAGGGCGACCGGGACUCAGACGACGAGCGAGAAGACCUACAGAUUUUAGCAUCAGAUAAUCUGAUCCUCGCGGCAAAAGUGGAGGAUGAGGUCGCUCACCUGGAGGUCUACGUCUACGAGGACGACAAUGACAAUCUGUAUGUGCAUCAUGAUAUCAUGCUGCCGGCUGUACCAUUAGCAGUCGAGUGGGUGGAUUUUCCCGUUGGUCCCGACUCAGGCAAGAGAGACACUGGCAACUUCGUUGCUGUCGGCACAAUGAGCCCCGAGAUCGAAGUCUGGGACUUAGACACAGUCGAUAGCAUGUACCCCAACGCGAUACUAGGGCAAGCGCCUGAGAACGAUUCUACUGUCACCAGUCAAGGGUCGAAAAAGAGUAAAAAGCAGAAGAAGCCCAAACCCAAACUCAACGACGAAUAUCACGUCGAUGCCGUACUAGCAUUAGCCGCCAAUCGACAACACAGAAACCUCCUGGCAUCAGCAUCAGCAGACAAGACCGUGAAGCUCUGGGACCUCACCACAGGCAAGUGCGCCAAGUCAUACAGAAUGCACACCGACAAAGUGUGUGCUCUAGACUGGCACCCCACAGAGUCGACGAUCUUGCUCAGUGGAAGCUACGACAGGACCGUCGUGGCAACGGAUAUGCGAGCACCAGACGCUGAAGCGCCACGAUGGGUUGUGUCUGCAGAUGUGGAGCGAGUACGCUGGGACUCCCACGAUCCGAACUUCUUCUACGUCACUACAGAGGCCGGCACAGUGCAGUGCUUUGAUGCGAGAUCGCCUCCUCAGAAGCACGACCAGCCAAGCAAGGCGGUCUGGACACUUCAGGCUCACGAUAGCCCGGUCAGCGCUUUCGACAUCAAUCCUGCAGUGCCUGGCUUCCUGGUGACUGGGUCGGAAGAUAAGAGAGUCAAGCUUUGGAAUGUUCAAGAUGGCAAGCCCAGUAUGGUGGUCUCGCGGAAUGUUGAUGUAGGACGCAUCUUCUCAGCACAGUUUGCUCCAGACCUGGAAGUCGCUUUCCGAUUAUCAGUAGCUGGUAGCAGAGGGCAGUUGCAGGUGUGGGACACAAGCACCAAUCCCAAUGUUCGAAACGUCUUUGGCGGUCGAGUAAAGAUGCCGGCGGACUCAGGCAAUGGUGAAAGAAUGGUCGCUGUGGCCGAGAGCGACAGUGAAAGUGAGAGCGACGAGGAGGAUGCGGGUCAAGGAGGCAUGGCUGUUGAAGGAGAUGAGGCUGGCGGUCUAGAUGGGUGGGAGUCCAUGGAUGAGAAUUAG